AUGAUCCAUCACCGCACCUGCUACCUCCCGCAGAGACCUUGCGAGGAAACCAGCCUCUCGCCACGUCUCCUGCUCGGUGUAUGGGGACCGGAGGAGCCGGCGACCGGCGGGCCCCACCUCGCGGAGGGCUUCCCCCGGCGCGAGCGGCAGAGCCGUUUGUAUAAACGGGGACGCCUGAGCACGAGCCGCCGCGCGGGCGCCACCGCCGACCUGGGCGCGCAGUACUUCACGCUGGAGACGGGGCGAGCGGCCGCGCCGCGCCGCAGCUUUUAUGAGGAGCUUCUGUCUCAUGGCGUCCUGGAACCCCUGACGGCCCCCAGUGGCAUGGUGGUGAAAGAAGGCACUCGCAAUUACGUGGCACCCCAGGGCAGCUCCUCGGUUGUCAAGUAUUACUUGAAAAAGUCAGGUGCGGAUGUCUUCUUUGAACAUCACGUAACUCAAAUCCGUCUUCGAGAUGGGAAAUGGGAAGUCUCCAGGAACACGGGGUCACCGGAACUGUUUGAUAUAGUUAUUCUCACAAUGCCCGUUCCACAAAUUCUUCAGCUGCAAGGUGACAUUGUAAACUUAAUUAAUGAAAGGCAAAAGCAGCAGCUGGAAGCCGUGCGCUAUUCCUCCCGCUACGCUCUGGGGCUUUUCUACGAAGCCGGUACCCGGAUUGCUGUGCCCUGGUGCGCGCGGUACAUCGCCGAUAAUCCCUGCGUCCGCUUCAUCUCCAUCGAUAACAAGAAGCGCAAUGUAGAGACUCCUGAAGUUGGACCAUCCAUCAUUGUUCACACCACUGUGACAUUUGGGCAUGAUCAUCUGGACUCGGAUCCCGCAGAGGUGCAGCAGUUAAUUCUCAGUCACCUGGAGAGCCUUGUGCCAUCUCUGCCUGAAGCAGCCAGUGUCAAAUGUCAGAAAUGGAGAUAUUCCCAGGUUACAAAGGCUGUACCCAGUUCUCCAGGGCACAUGAUUCUUCAUACUCAACCUCUCCUAAUUUGUGGGGGUGAUGGAUUUACUCAUUCCAACUUCGAUGGCUGUAUAGAUUCUGCCCUGAGUCUUGCGGAAGCUGUCAAGCCUCAUUUAUAGCAAUUUCAGUGUCAU